AUGGUGCAGCUGCAGCGAGUGGGAGCGGGGUCUUUCUCGGGAGGCACGGAUCCAAGUGUAGCGGAUGAGUGGAGAGAGCAGAUGGACGAUCUUUUCCAGUCGCUUCGGUGUCCCGACCAGUUUAGGGUGGAUUUGGCAGUGCACAACUUGUCAGGAGAUGCACUGCAGGAGCUGGAUGCAGAGUUCAGUCGGCUUGUGGUGUAUGCAGUCCGGGCUUUGGUGCCAGAGUCGGCGCAGGUGCGGAGGUUCUUGUUAGCUCUGCGGGAUGAUCUACGUACUCGGUGUAGAGUGAGGACUUAUGCUACGAGAGCAGAGCUGGUAGAGGUUGCAGCUGGGAUAGAGGAUGACUUGAGGUCACAGGUGGUGGUGGUCAAUCCUUCGGUGCAGCCGAAGCAUUCGCAGCCGCAUUCUGUUCCUAGCAAGGGCGGCAAGCCUGCAUCAGGGCAGAAGCGGAAGUAUGAUGCUAUGCAGAGAUCUGGGUCCGAUGGCGCUGGCUGCUUUGACUGUCCGCAGAGAGGUGAGCAGCGGUUAGUGACAGAGCAGCAGGCAGUGAUAGAGCAGCGGGCAGUGACGGAGAAGCGGGCAGAUACUCGAGUGUGUUACCACUGCAGGGAGACGGGGCAUAUCAAGCCUCGUUGUCCUAAGUUACAGCAGAUGGCGGUAGCAGCGGUGAAUGCUGGAGGGCAGCUAGGAGUGCAGCUGGGGAUGUCGGUGGGCUGGUUUAUGUCCCACGUUCUGUUUGACUCUGGAGCAACUCAUUGCUUCAUUACUCCGGAGUGCGCGGAGAGCGCUAAUAUCAGAGGAGAUCCCGAUGAGAGAACGGGUGUUGUCAAGGUUGCAGGAGGGAAGUUCCUGAGAGUCUUUGGUCGAGUGAGUGAUAUGGAUAUUCAGAUUGCGGGGGAGUCGAGGCCGACAGAUUUGAUUAUCAGUCUCGUGGAGCUGUAUGAUGUAAUUUUGGAGAUGGAUUGGUUGCAUCAUCAUAGGGUGCAUUUGGAUUGCUACAUUGGCAGGGUGGUCUUUGAGCGUCCAGAAGGGAAGUUGGCUGGGAAGAUGAUCGAGAAGGGGUGUAAGGCCUAUUUGGUUACAAUUUCGAUGCUGGAGUCAGUGGGGCAGUCUUCUGUUGGAGCUAUUCGGGUUGUGAAGGAGUUUGAGGAUGUGUUCCAAUCAUUGCAAGGGUUACCACCAUCUCGGUCUGAUCCCUUCACGAUAGAGUUGGAACCAUGGACAACGCCGUUGUCUAAGGCGCCCUACAGGAUGGCUCCGGCAGAGAUGGCAGUGCUGAAGAAGCAGCUUGACGAUUUGUUGAGUAAAGGCAAAGUGUGA